AUGUCAUCAUCUGAUAAUAUAACCGAGGAUCUAUGUAAUAUUUGCGACGGACACGUAGAGUGCGCACCCACAGCUAUUCUACUGAUUUCUCUAAUUCAUACGUUAUAUGGGCAUAUUGGACCGGAACCAGACUAUUUUAGGAAAAACCAAGAAUUACUUAAAUCAGAAAAUAAGGUUAGUGUAGAUACAAAGAUUAAGUCAAUUUAUAAAUAUAAAUUUGUAAACGACGAUAAUAAUGGAGAUGAUUCGGAGGAAGAGUACGACUUCAUCGUGGUAGGCGGAGGCACUGCAGGCUGUGUCAUUGCUAGUAGACUGUCAGAAAAUAGAAAAUGGAAGGUUUUACUUGUAGAAGCUGGUCCUGAAGAACCCAAAAUGGCAUUAAUCCCAGGUCUCACCAGCGAGUUCAAGGGCUCUGCGCUGGACUGGCAGUACUCGAUGCGGCCCAGAAGAGGAUUUUGUCAAAAUCGUAACGUAAAAGGCUGUGAGGUAGUGCAAGGCAGAGUUGUUGGGGGAACGUCUACAAUUAACGACAUGGCGUACAUGAGAGGCAGUCCUGCGGAUUACGACGAAUGGGCUCUUAACGGCAAUGAAGGGUGGAGUUUUAGCCAAGUGCUGCCCUACUUUAAGUACUCAGAGGGGAAUUACGACAAAGAUAUAUCAAAGAAUAAAUUCUUCCACUCCAUGCAAGGGCCACUAGACGUAGGCCGGUAUCCGUAUGUCGACGACAAUGUUGAUGUGCUUCUCAGUGCAUUUAAUGAACUUGGUUACAAUUAUACAGAUGUUAAUGGACGAAAUCAGUUAGGUUUUAUGAGGAUACAGACUAUGUCAUAUUUUGGAGAACGUGUUAGUGCGUACACUGCGUUUAUUGAGCCUAUUAGGAAAUUAAGGACUAAUAUAAACAUAGUUACACAUGCUCUAGUAACUAAAGUAAUCAUCGAGAAUAAAAGGGAUAAUCUUAAGGCAGUAGGAAUAGAAUAUAUAAGAAAUGGUACGAAAGUGGUAGUAAAAGCAUCUAAGGAGAUUAUUGUAAGCGCAGGAGCUAUAAAUUCACCAAAACUUCUCAUGCAGUCUGGUAUAGGACCAAAAGAGUAUUUAGAAUAUUUAAAUAUUAAAGUUUUGUAUGAUUUACCUGUUGGAGGUAAUUUUCAUGAUCACCUUUCUGUUUGUUUACCAGUUAUAAAACUGUCUAAAACAGCUACAACUUGCAAAUUUCCAGAAAAAUUAAAAGAUAUAACAAAUUAUUACUCACAGGGGCUUGGACCCCUUUCAGCUAACUUUCAAGUGAUUGCUUUUUUUGAAAGUAGUAUCUCAGAAAUUUUAGGAACACCUGACAUAGAAUUUAGAUUUCGAGGACAUAAUUCAAAUAUGUAUUAUGAUAAAAUAGAUGUAUGCAUAUCUCUAUUGACGCCGAAAAGUCGAGGUCAAGUUGUAUUAAAUGCAACGGAUCCUACUUUUGGAACACCCUUGAUUUAUCCAAACUUUUUAAAAGAUCCAAAUGAUGAAAAGAAAAUAUUAGAAGGAAUACAGGAGGUUGUGAGAUUGUUUGAUACAAACGUCUUCAAGUAUGCAGAUUUUGAAUUUGACCCACAGCCUAUAUUAAAUAAUGAGUGUAGGGAAUAUGAACGUGUCACUCAAGAAUUUUGGUCAUGUAUAAUAAGACAAUUUACAGCCCCAUUGCAUAAUUAUGUUGGAACUUGUAAGAUGGGUCCUGGGAAAGAUCCAGAAUCUGUUGUUGAUAACAAUUUACGGGUGUAUGGUGUAGAAAAUGUAAGAGUUGUUGAUGCAUCAAUAAUACCUAAAAUAACAAGGGGAUCUACCGCUGCUCCUGUGAUAAUGAUAGCUGAAAAAGCGAGUGAUUUAAUUAAAAGUACUUGGUAU